AUGCUACUCCCUUCAGCCUUCGCGUGCGAAGGCGCAGUCACUCAAGAGUCGAGGAGGCCGCAAAGACCCAAUCUCCCCUCCUUCACACCCUACCAAGCGCGACUCUCAAUCCAACCGCGCGCCAGUCCCAUCGCCUCCAGUUGUCGUGCUCUACAUGCCAUACUAGGGGGUCCUGCUGUCGCACCACAACCUGUCGCAGCCUCACGACGCGAGUUGGGCAAUCCAUUCAUACCAUCAACUAAGCCUCUACAACCACGCCGCCUACCACCGCCCCCUCCUCCUCAGCGCGGCGAAAACAAGCGCAGGCGCAGCGAGUUUGAGGAAGACCUACUUCCAUCCGAAUCAAUAGACAUCAACAUGCAAGACAGCCAGUGUACCCCGCCACAGGUUCGCACUCCCAAGCGUCGACGGAGAAUCCCUCUGUCCAUGCCGCUCGGUCUCUCCGUUGAAGACUUCCACGCGCUCGAGACUCCACUAGAGGAGGAAGAUGUCGCGCUCGACAUGCCCAUCAUCAGCCCGCACAACAUCCCCUCAGAUCAAGACUCAGCAUAUGGGUCAUCCCCCACACUGGAGGAAGCAGAGUGGACACUCGAGGAUGACCAGGCGCUGGUCGAGACAGUCCUGGAAAAGUUGAGAUUGUCAAAGCGAGAGUGGAACGAUUGCGCAAGACAGAUAGGAAAGGACAAAGAUAGUCUGGGAAGGCGAUGGAGUCUGCUUGUCAGCGAGGGCAACGUGGGACUGAGGAGAGGAGGAAGAAUGUCAAGGACAAAUUUAGACGUCGCAAGUUGGUGA